AUGCUCCUGAAAAUCUGUAUAGUGGCCGUCAUCUUACAUUGCCUGGGUGCACUGGGAGACCCGAAACAAAACGAUUUGCAGAAGUCAGAUGCGGACAGUAGGGUCAGAAAGGGAAAGUUCUGCACGUAUAUCAGAAAGAAAUACCCAGUAAGUAUUUGCUAUGAGAGGGGUGCACUGCCAUAAAGCUUUUAAGUAGAUUAAUGAGAUUGAAAAAACAAAACAAACGAAUUUGUGUUUAGAAAAAAAUAUAUAGAUUUGUGUUUUGCUUUUCAAAGUUGGCCUUGAUGCUAUUGAACUGUAGGCAUAAAGACUUAUAAGAAAAGAAGGAUUUUUGUAAUAUAUUGCAAUCAAGUGUUUAGCUUUCAUAUGAUGGUCAUUUUACGUUUAUUCCCUAUAACAUUAGUCUAACAGUUUCUAAUGUAUAAACCAAACAACUAUUUAAAGUUAUAUGUUAGAGACUAUUUAGUUACACCAGCCAUCGAGUGUCAGACAUGGCUUCUCACUAUCGAUUAUGUGAUUUUCAAAUAAAUGAAGCAAAGCUAAAUAAUAAAAAAAAUGACAUUUUUUUGUCAUCUGUUGUUUUAAUUCAUCGGGGAAGUAAUACAAAAAAGAAAAUAUUCUAAAAUUAUUAACGUUGUGGUUCCAUCAAUUUGGAUUUUAUUUUUAAAAUUAGUCACACAAUUUUUCUCUUCUAUGCUGUACUCCUUUACUUGAGGCAGUGAGUAUGAAGUUGGCCAGCAACUGACAUUCAAUAAUUUUUAAGAAUGAAAAUGACAAGGUAUUUUCACACUCUAUUUCAAAAUUAAGAAGACCAAAAAGUUAUGAAGAAAAAAAAAUACUGCAAAACGAGAUAUAAGAGUAAGUUUAUUCUCUUAAAAUGUGAAUGUAUACAAAAUGACGUCACACGUAAGCGUUUAUCCAGAAAUCCAUUUGAUAUUCCUUUAUUUUAAAAAAAUGAUGUCACUUCCGGUACGUUUGAGGAGCUCCACCAAUAACUACAUAAAAAUAAAUCAAAGUUUGAAAUAUGCAAGAGUUUAUUUUCUGUCCCGUCCAAAUCUUUGAAUCACAUUUCGACAUGAAACUAGUUUCUACGGUCCUAAAACCAUCUUCAGCUAGGAGCUAAAUUCAAGCCUGAUGAUUGCUCCAUCUGCACUUGCGGCCUGACCACCAGACAAGUUCAUUGUGAGAUCCAAAAGUGUGAUAAACUUCCGUGUAAAGACCCUGUCUUUGUGAAGGGCCAGUGCUGUCCUAUUUGUUGUCGCCCAUUCAAUUUUUAUGGAGGUACAUGUCAUUAUGUAUUGUAAUUUUUUUAUUUGAUUAAAAAAAACAACAACCUAAACUUAAUUUUAAACACAAACAUUAAAAUAAAAACACAUGCAGAUGCCAAACAACUUUAUGGUUAAUAAAAACUUGUUUUAAAAAUAUCAAUUCUUUUAAAAAGCAUUAAACUAAAAGUAUGAAACUAAGCCCACGGUAGCACAUUGCACAUCUAAUCACUUCAGUAAUAUCACAGAGCUAUUAACUUUUACGACAUAUUUUUGAGGGGAUGUAAUUAAUUUUAUUGCAAUUUUAAUACGAUAAAAAAAGUCAAAGACUUUUUGUAACUGUGUGUUUUUUCAUUUAUUUUUGUAAUAUUUUCAGAAAGGCACAACAUUCUGUAAUGACAUUGGAAAUUCCUGGUAUGAAUACACCAUCGGCUUUCUCUAGGAUCGAAUGAAAACGCCUGCGCCAACAAUGUUUAUUCGAUUUUCUGCAAUGAAAGAUAAAAAAAGUCGCCCUAUUAAAUAAAGUAACAGGC